CGUUAGAUGGCAACUCUCGGUAUUCUCCAACGACUGGAGAGUGAGAGCACCGCGCGCAGAAAACGGACUACAGUAUUCCUGAGGCGUUUGAGUUUAAAAAAAUGAGUAUACAGGACUAAACAGCACGGAAUUGAGAAGUAAUAUACAAGGUGAUACUUUGAAAGCUAAUAUUCCAUUUGAAAACAGCCGGACAUAGGCUAUAGGCCAAGACCCCACGGGCAGCGUACGUAAGAGGUGACAGCAGCCAUGCAGCACUACGGAGUGAAUGGAUAUUCUCUCCACGCCAUGAACUCACUAAAUGCCAUGUACAAUCUUCACCAGCAGGCGGCGCAGCAUGCCCAGCACGCGCCCGACUACCGGCCGUCCGUGCACGCGCUCACGCUGGCAGAGAGACUGGCUGACAUAAUCCUCGAGGCCCGGUAUGGCUCCCAGCACAGGAAGCAGCGGCGCAGUCGCACAGCCUUCACUGCCCAGCAGCUGGAGGCCCUGGAAAAGACCUUCCAGAAGACCCACUACCCUGACGUGGUGAUGCGCGAACGCCUGGCCAUGUGUACCAACUUACCAGAGGCCCGUGUGCAGGUGUGGUUCAAGAACCGCCGCGCCAAGUUCCGCAAGAAGCAGCGCAGCCUGCAGAAGGAGCAGCUCCAGAAACAGACCAACAGAGAGGGAGGUGACGAGGAAGAGGUCAAGACCACCGACCCUUCCACCCAGACAUCUCCAUCUCCAUCCUCCCUCUCGGAGACCAUGCGGCCCCAGCCUGCGGAGAUGAGUGUGGAGGUGAACGUCACCUCCCCGGAGGCCUCGGACAGCGAGUCGGCUGCAGAGGACAACGGUGAGGGAGAUGAGGAGCUGAAGUGGGAGAGGCUGCAGGAUACUCAUCAGUAUCAGCAUCAGGGGGAGGUGCAGCAGGGGGGUGCAGGGCUGCAGCCGGGAGGAGGAUCUCCAUCCUGCAAACGCUUCAGCCCCACACCAGACUCUCCCUCCCUCCCCUCCUCUAGCGGUGGCAGCAGUUGUGUGUCCCAAGGCUCCUAUGCCUCGUCCCCCCUCAGCCUCUUCCGUCUGCAGGAGCAGUUCCGCCAGCACAUGGCUGCAACCAACAACGUGGUCCACUACCCCUCCUUCGACAUGAGUACCCCCUCCUCCCUGCCCUACCUGGGCAUGAACGUCAACAUGCCCUCCCCCCUGGGCUCUCUGCCCUGCCAAUCUUACUACCAGUCCCUGUCCCAGGCGUCCAUGUCCCAAGUGUCCAUGUCCCAGGCCCAGCAGGUGUGGAACAGCCCCUUGACGGGUCUCCAGGCCCCUCCGAGCAGCCUACCCAGCCUCAACAGCAAGACCACCAGCAUCGAGAACCUGCGUCUGAGGGCCAAGCAGCACGCUGCCUCCCUGGGCCUGGACACGCUACCCAACUGACCCCCUGGACACGCUACCCAACUGACCCCCUGGACACGCUACCCAACUAACCCCCUGGACACGCUACCCAACUGACCCCCUGGACACGCUACCCAACUGACCCCCUGGACACGCUACCCAACUGACCCCCUGGACACGCUACCCAACUAACCCCCUGGACACGCUACCCAACUGACCCCCUGGACACGCUACCCAACUGACCCCCUGGACACGCUACCCAACUGACCCCCUGGACACGCUACCCAACUGACCCCCUGGACACGCUACCCAACUGACCCCCUGGACACGCUACCCAACUGACCCCCAGACUGACCCCCCCCCCCCACAGGGCAGGGCAGCUAACUGGGACACAAUCAGAUGUUAUGACCCUUUCUACUGACUGGACAUUAUAGACACUGCACCAGUGUCUACACUACACUACAGUACACUGGGACUGCACAUUAGAUAAGAACCCUACCGGACUAUACUUAUUUUGACACCCUUGCAGGUGAGAUACAUACACCCAGUGCAAUCUCACUACUAUACUGAACAAAAAUAUAAAUGGAACAUGUAAAGUGUUGGUCCCAUGUUUCAUGAGUUCAAAUAAAAUAUCCCAGAAAUGUUCCAUACGCACAAAAAGCAAAUUUCAUGGUCAAAUUUGUUUGCAUCCCUGUUAAUGAGCAUUUCUCCUUUGCCAAGAUAAUCCAUCCACCUGAUAGGUGUGGCAUAUCAAGAAGCUGAUUAAAAAGCAUGAUCAUUACACAGGUGCAUCUUGUGCUGGGGACAAUAAAAGGUAACUCUAAAAUGUGCAGUUUUGUCACACAACACAAUGCCACAGAUGUCUCAAGUUGAGGGAGUGUGCAAUUGGCAUGCUAACUACAAGAAUGUCCACUAGAGCGGUUGUCAGAGAAUUCAAUGUUAAUUUCUCUACCAUAAGCCACCUCGAACAUUGUUUUAGAGAAUCUGGCAGUACGUCCAACCGGCCUCACAACCGCAGGCCACGUGUAACUACGCCAACCCAGGACCUCCACAUCCGGCUUCUUCACCUGCUGGAUCGUCCGAGACCAGCCACCUGGACAGCUGAUGAAACUGAGGAGUAUUUCUGUCUGUAAUUAAAGCUCUUUUGUGGUGAAAAAGUAAUUCUGAUUGGUUAGGCCUGGCUCCCCAGUGGGUGGGCCUGACUCCCAAGUGGUUGGGCCAUUGCCUUCCCAGGCCCACCCAUGGCUGCACCCCUGCCCAGUCAUGGGAAAUCGAUAGAUUAGGGCCCAAUGAAUUGAUUUCAAUUGACUGAUUUCCUUAUAUGAACAGUAACUGGGUAAAAUCGUUGAAAUUGAUGCAUGUUCGGUUUAUAUUUUUGUUCAGUAUACUUCCUACCAAACCAGCUUGAUCAGACUUCAAAUGCUACACUCCUAAAUCACAAAGCCGUCAUCUCACAUGGGGCAAAUGCAUUAUGGUCGUCUACAGUAUAUCUGAUGAUCUCAACACUAGAAGUGGUGAGGGUGACCAUAAUAUUAAAGAUGAGCUUUGCAUGCAUCCUGAGACAGGGAUUACAACAGCACAAAGAUAGAAAUGGUACAAAGAUUGAAUCAAGAUUCCAGCCUCAGAUGAAAACUCCCAUUCAAACAUUUACAACAGGACAGACCUGCCAGUUCAAUAGCCUACAAAUCCCACAAUGCCCUGCACCUGGCAGAAGGACAGUACUUCCUGUUUUAGAGCUACAUCCAGAGAGGAAGAGGCGAAGCAAGAAGGUUCACUCCGCCCAAAAUCUGUCCACGAAAACAAAACUAGGGAGACAUUUUUGUAUGGAGGUCAAUGAGUGUUGAAUUUGGUGAACAAAAAACACGGCCCCAUGUUGCAAGGAUCUGUACACAAUUCCUGGAAGCUGAAAAUGUCCCAGUUCUCACCAGACAUGUCACGUAUUGAGCAUGUUUGGGAUGUUCUGGAUCGACGUGUAUGACAGCAGGUUCCAGUUCCCGACAAUAUCCAGCAACUUCGCACAACCAUUGUAGAAGAGUGGGACAACAUAUUUUACAGGUCACAAGCAGCCUGAUCAACUAUGGGAAAGAGAUGUCACGCUGCAUGAGGCAAAUGGUGGUCACACCAGAUACUAGGUUAAUAGGUAAUAGAUAAUAGGUUUUCUGAUCUGUGCCCCUACCUUUUUUUAAGGUAUCUGUGACCAACAGAUGCAUAUCUGUAUUCCCAGUCAUGUGAAACCCAUAGAUUAGGGCCUAAUGAAUUUAUUUCAAUUGACUGAUUUCCUUAUAUGAACUGUAACUGAAAUGGUUGAAUUUUGCAUUUAUAUUUUUGUUCAGUGUAACUACGCAUCCCUCCCAAAUACAUGAUAACUGUUAACACAAUACACAAUUAACUUUCCAUGUUACGCAAACAUGCACAGAGCUGAAGUCCCGGUUUCAGGACUGGUCUCAAACAGAACACACACACAUAGCCCAUGUCACUUGUCCACCGAAUGCAGAGUAACUAAUCCUAAAGGAAAUGACUGAAGCACAGUGUCAGGCUCUAAAGAGUCCCCAAUCCCCUUCCUCCACGUCCCUUCUCGGCCCUGUCAGUCAAGGUUUGGCUGCACCGAAACAGAAUGCUUUGCCAUAAGAAGGAUUACCUUGGGUUGGGAUAUCGAUGGAUUAAGUAAGAAUAGAAUAAGAUGAAAUAGAACUGAAAGGGUUCCUAGAGUUUACCAUGGUCCACCCUCUCACUCCCUCAACCCAUAAAAUCAGAAAUCUCUGUCCCACUUAUGUAACGGAAGGAUAUCAAGUUGCAGAGUACAUAAAAACGAUUUAAAAAAAAUCAAUACAAAUAAAAACUUCCUCUGUCAUUUCAAAUCUUUUGUUGAUAUUAAAAAUCCUGCCAGAGAAAUAUUGGGUUGUUCAAGCCUGUGAUUAUGUGGUCAUGUUACGUUAAUCAGUGGGGUUUGUGUAUGUACACACAUUUGUAUAUCAC